AUGCCUUCUCCAGUUGUUUUAACACGUUCCACACCGGCACGUGGUCUUUCUAUUAAGAUGUUCGAUCGUCAGCUGAAGGGGUUACAGCGGUGUCUAGUGGAUGCACCUUCCUGUGAUCUCCAUAAACUGUGUGCAGAGCAGAUGUUAGAUCGCCGUGCCUUUGUUAAACGGGAUACGCCUGUGGUAUUGGAGGUUGGUGCACAUACCGGUUGGUUUUUUCGUCAUAUGUUGGAGAAGAAACAAUUGUUUGGUCUUAAACAGUAUAUUCAAACGGAUGUAUGUGAAGAACGUUUGAAUCGUAACUAUGAUGAAGUUAAACAUCUUAUUCCUCCUGAUGUGGAGUUUGUACAAAUCUGUUGUGAUGAGGAGGAAAUGAAUCCUUUUGGAAUUCCUGAACGAACUGUGGAUAUGGUGGUUUCUUGUUUAUCUAUGCAUUGGGUAAAUGAUCUUGAAACGGCUAUGGUAAAUAUUCGUAAAAUACUUAAAAAGGAUGGUUUUAUGUUACACACUAUGUUUGGUGGUAAUACAUUAUAUGAAUUACGUGGUUGUUUUUCAAUGGCACAAACAGAAGUACUCGGUGGGGUAUCACCGCAUAUUUCUCCUAUGAUUGAUGGGGCUGGUCUUUCCACAUUAGUAUUACAAGCUGGAUUUAAUCUUCCUAGCAUAGAUAUAGAUCGUCAUUUACUUUUAUAUCAAACACCUUUUCAUCUAAUGGAACAUUUAUCGACUAUGGGAGAGAGUGCAUGUCAUUAUAUGCGACGUCCUCUUAACCGUGAUGUUUUAUUAGCUGCCUGUGCUGCUUAUGAUGUAAUGUACAAAAAGAAUGAACUUAUCCCUGCAACUUUUGAAGUUUUUCAUACUAUUGCAUGGAGUCCAAGUCCAACACAAUCGAAACCAUUGGAACGUGGAAGUGGUAUGAUACCUCUAACCAGCUGGAAUUCUCAGAAUAGGCAGCGAUUACAGGAUGUACUAGAUGAGUUCGCACAAAAUCCUGAUGAUGAAUCAUUGCAAGCGAAGGCAGAAGAUUUAUUCCAGAAACUCCGAGAAGAGAGUGCAGAGUUCCUUGAGAAAAAGGGAUUAGAUGUACGUGGACUUGAUGGUAACCGUGAUGAAGAAGCGCGGGAAUUGGAGAAGCGUAAGCCAGACCCACCAUUUCAGCGUAGUGAGGGAAAAGAUGAAUAG